UCAUGACUUCAACUAUUUACUAUAAACAUCUAUUGGAGAUUCAAACAUAAAGUUGUUUACCGGUGUGAUUAAAAAUUUUUAUAUGAAAAAUGGUAUCACCGAUAAUAAUAUUAAUUCAGCUGACGUUGCUUAUUAGUGCACAUAAUCAUGUUUUUAAGAAUAACGAAAAUGCGAAUACAAGUUUGGACUUUGUUAAUAAAAAUUCGUCUUACCGCAGUAACAAUUUCACAGACUUUCUCUUUACGGUCUCAAAUUCGUCGAGUUUUAUAGAUACUCGUUCUGAAUCUAAAUCGGACCAAGUCGAUUGCUUUGGUUUGGGGAAAACAUUAGCCACAACGUUGGAAUGGUUUUUUAUGAGCAAACCGAAUGGGACAAACGCUUUGGACGUUCAUUUUUUUUUAUCCUCAAGAAAACAACCGCAACGUGUUCAAGUAAUGGUAGGCAAACAAUUUGGUUUAGAGUGGGCAGACUUUGCAAUCGAACGUGGUACGAUCAUGAUAGUCCAUGGUUUCUUAUCGCAUGGACAAGAAUCAUGGAUUAGCAAUCUAGAACAAUCGUUUCUACGAUGGAAUGAUGUUAACAUUAUAGUUGUGGACUGGGGUACCGGUGGUAACACUUGGAAUUACUACAAAGCUGCAGUUAAUACAAGAGUGGUGGGAUAUCAAAUUGCAAGAUUUUUAGAGCAUAUAGAGAACGUAACAAUCGCUCAAAGUAAUUCCAAUGCCAAUAAUUGGGGACCUUUACAUUUAGUGGGUCAUAGUCUUGGAGCACAUAUUUGUGGUUUUGCUGCAAAGGAAUUGAAAAAAAGACAGAGCAAAUGGAAGGUUGAAAGGAUAACUGGAUUAGACCCUGCACAGCCAUGUUUCAAAAAUGCAGAUUCAACUGUGAAACUUCACAAGUCGGAUGCAUCGUUCGUCGAUAUAAUACACACCAAUGGCAAAUUGCUAUCUGAGAUUGGAUUAGGUUUACCAGAGCCUACUGGUCACGUUGAUUUCUACCCGAAUGGCGGCAAAAGUCAACCUGGCUGCAUAAAAACAGAUUCGUCAUAUUUUGAAUAUUUACCAAUUCCUCUUCGAGUAAUUAAUAAGUCUAUAUGUAGUCAUGGACGUUCGUACGUUUAUUUGACGGAAUCAUUGAUAUCGGACAUCAAACACAAUUGCACUUUUUGGGCACAUCAUUGGGACUUAUCGUAUCGAAACUUAAUAGGAAUAGGAAAAGAGGCUUGCAAUAAAAGUGUUUGUACCGAGAUGGGGAUAAAUGCAAUAAAUCAUCCUCAGCGUGGAACGUUCUUUGUCGCCACUUCCAACACUGUACCAUUUUGUAUUAACAAUAGUCGUAUUAUCGACGAAGUAAUAACUCAGUUGGAGAAGGACCAUGAAAACGAGCUCCACGAUUGAUGUUUACCAACGAAUUAAUAAUAUGUGUAUUAUUGAUUUAUAAAUAAACGUUCUGCACUUU